AUGGCUUGGGGUUUCAUAGGUUUGACCUGGUCAGAUAGCGUGGGGGAGAAGUUGGGCAUCGUACCCAGUGAAAAGGAGAAGAAGGAUUUGGAGAGGCUGAAGCCUAGUAUCACCGUUGUUGAGAGAGACCAGUGA